AUGGGGAGGUUCAGGAAGUUAGAGCUACCGAGGUUCUCUAGUACUUCGUCUGAGGAUGCCUAUGAGUUUAUUCUUGAUAUGCAUGAGUUGUUGCACCGUAUGGGGAUAGUGGAGACCCACGGCGUUGAUUAUGUGUCCUACCAGUUUCGCGGCGACGCGAAGACGUGGUGGAGGUAUUUCGUGGCGUGCAGACCUGAGGGUUCUCCUCCAUUGACUUGGACUCAGUUCUACCGGGCCUUCCUUGAGAAGUAUGUGCCCCGAUCUUUGAGAGAGGCUCGUAGGGAGCAGUUUUUACACCUUGAGCAGAGGGGCAUGUCCUUGGAGUCUUAUGUGACCCGUUUUCUCUAUUUGGCCCGAUAUUCUACUCCGUUGAUCCCUACCGAGGCCGAUAGGAUCAGACGCUUUGUUGGAGGACUAGUGGGCUCUCUACAGAUUCCUUGUCUUCAGAUGGAGUCUAUGGGGGCUUCCUUCCAGUCCAUUAUUGAGCAUGCUUCUAUGGUUGAGGGCGCCAAGGCCCGUGCUUUUAGUGGUGGUGACAAGAGGCCACGUCAGACUGGCAGUUUUGGGGGUUCUAGUACGAGGGGCGCCGGUCAGUUUUCGAGGCCACCUCAGCCUUAUUCCGAUCGUCCUGUGUAUUUAGUAUUACCGGCUUCCUCUAGUGAGCCACCUAGAUAGAGAGCUCUUGAGAGUU